AUGACAAACAGCUCCUUCUCCUGCACAGUUUACAGAAAUCUGGAACCAUUCACCUACUUUUUUUACUUGGUUUUCCUUGCUGGAAUUAUUGGAAGCUGUUUUGCAGUCUGGGCAUUCACACAGAAAAACACAAAUCAUAGGUGUGUAAGCAUAUACUUAAUUAAUUUGCUUACAGCCGAUUUCCUGCUUACUCUGGCAUUACCAGUGAAAAUUGUUGUCGACUUGGGCGUGGCACCCUGGAAGAUGAGGAUAUUCCACUGUCAAGUAACAGCCUGCCUCAUCUAUAUUAAUAUGUACUUAUCAAUUAUCUUCUUGGCAUUUGUCAGCAUUGAUCGCUAUCUUCAGUUGAUACACAGCUGCAAAAUUUAUCGAAUACAAGAACCUGGAUUUGCCAAAAUGAUAUCAACUGUCGUGUGGCUAAUGGUCCUUCUUAUAAUGGUGCCGAACAUGAUGAUUCCCAUCAAAGACAUCAAGGAAAAGUCAAAUGUGGGCUGUAUGGACUUCAAAACAGAGUUUGGGAAAAACUGGCACUUGCUAACAAAUUUCCUAUGUAUAGCAAUAUUUUUAAAUUUCUCAGCCAUUAUUUUAAUAUCCAACUGCCUUGUAAUUCGACAACUCUACAGAAACAAAGAUAAUGAAAAUUAUACAAAUGUGAAAAGGGCUCUUACCAACAUACUUUUAGUGACUGCAGGGUAUAUCAUAUGUUUUGUUCCUUACCACAUUGUCCGAAUCCCAUACACCCUCAGCCAGACAGAAGUUAUAUCCGACUGCUCAACCAGGAAUUCACUCUUCAAAGCCAAGGAAGCCACACUGCUUCUAGCUGUGUCAAACUUGUGUUUCGAUCCCAUCUUGUACUAUCACCUCUCAAAAGCAUUCCGCUUAAAGAUCACUAAGACAUUUACCUCACAUAAGGGGACCAGGACUCAAAAAGAAAAUUCAAGAUAUGAAAACAAUACAUAA